UCGAUACUACCAACAUGGCCGUCGAGAAAAAUUGAAGUGAACGCAACGCCGUGUUUUUCAUUUGCCAAUAAAACGUUAACAGCUCACGAAAUAUCGUAAAGCGUGCCCGCAAACGUCGCCAAAUGUAAGCAAAUUAUUUUAGUGCCUGUUUUACAUCGUUUACAUAAUUGCCAGAGCUGAAAUUCGAAAUUUAGUUGCUGCCGUCGGGAGUAUCGCCAACUUUUGCCUCACACUCUCUCUCUGUCUCGCUCUGCAUUCCUCUCGUGCUGACAAGGCAAAUAUAUUGGUGCUGGUGUGAGUGUAUGUGUGAAAAAUGGAAGAAAUUCAAAAUGCAUAUGUGAAAAGAUAUACGCGCAAGCCGAUUAAAAAUCGGCUCUCUCGCACGAUUUUGAUUGGGACCACAGGUCCCCGACCCCCGCGGCGUGAUAUGGGUUAAAUGACAGCCGGAGCGCGUCCGCGAUUCUCUCUGCGUUUUCAGGUCUCUCCGCUCUAUUCCCAUUCUGUAUAACUCCGCUCCUGAUAUUGUUGUUGCUUUGUGUUAGCCAUUUCUAAUGCUCUCUUUACAUGUUUCUAUAUUCAAUUGUAAUAUAUUUGCAGCUUGUUGUGUAUGUUUUUGAAAUGGUAAAGUGUGUUGUCGCGUUCGCCAAACCGAAUCCGAAACAGUAAACCAAACCCUAACCGAUUGGGGGUAAUAAACAUUGAAACCCGAGUACAUACAUACAUAUAUCUGUCGCGCGAUAUAUAUACAUAUACAUAGUUGCCAAAGCGAUAGAAAUCCGAAAUCUCGCGAUGGCGUCGCGCAGGCGCGCCGAACUGAAUCCAAAACUGCACAUGGACAGGCAGCCGACAGCUGCCCGCAUAACAGAUCCCUCAUUACCCGCUGGAAAGCGACGCGAGAUCGACAACGUGAUGAAGAAGGCGCGCGCCAACACCACCAACGAUUAUUGGGACAAGAAGCUGAUCGAGGCAGAGGAGAAGGAUCCAAACCGAUGGCGCCACACGGGCUACAAGAAGAUGUACAUCCAGGGGGAGAGCAGCUCUGGAGAGAGCGAACGCGACGGUCGCGAAGGUCGUGAGGGUGGAGCACCGCCCUACGGUCGUUAUCCGCCCACAGGUGGACCGCCGCCAGGUCCACCGCCUCCGUCGCAGCGUUACGGACGCUCUCGUUCGCCGCACUCACGCAGUCGGUCGCGUUUGCGCAAAUCGCCACCGCUUUCACCACCUCCGCGUCGUCGUUCACCGCCCAUGGCUAUGCACAGUGGCAUGGAUCGCCGUGGUGGACCUCGCUCGCCGCCAAUGCCACGAUCGCCCAACAAUAGCCACGAUGCCCUCAUGCGUCGACCCGGAAACGGCCACGGCGGAAGGCCCCGAUCACCGCCGGAACCCAGUGGUGGCUCGUCGUCCUCGUCGUUGCGACGCAAGCCAAACGCGUCGCGUUCUCCGCUCGGACGUCGCCGGUCUCCACCGCUUCCUCCGCCCUCGUCGUCGGCAAUGGAGAAGCGAGGUCCAGUCGCCCAUAUCCUGCCGCGCUCCAAGCGACCGCCAUCGCCACCACCGAGGCACUCGAUGCGUUCGCGAUCAAACAGCUCUAUGAGCACCAGCUCCGAUGAUUCCUGCUCCCUCUGCUCACCCAGUCAUCGUCACAGAUCUCGAUCCCGCGGUCCGCGCUCGCCGCCACCCAAGCCACGUGGCCAUUAUCGUUCGGGGGCGCCUCCGCCCCCUCCGUCGGAAUCACAUGGCCGUAUCCAUGGUCGCCCCACCACUCCACCGCCCGUGCGCGGAGGUGGAGGCAGUUCGGUUUCCGCCAUGGAGAAGUAUCGCCAGGCGAAGAUGCGUCACAUCGGGCAUGAACGUGUCGCCUCGUCGGACACCCACAUGAAGAUCGCGCGGUCCUCGCGCCAUUCGCCUCCGCCGGAAGAUCCGCGUCUUAAGCACCGCCCGCCAGAGCCACCAGAGCCGGCGUCAGCGCCAGCUGCAGCACCUACAACACAGGCAAAAAAGAAGAAGAAGGAAAAGGAGGUGAGGCCACGCAUUAAAAUUGAAGGUGAGAAACGCAAAAAACAUCCGAGCGGGACGUCCAGUGGCACCGGAGCUAACGCGGCAAACUCCUCCUCGGACUCGGACGAUUCGAACGGCUCGGACAGCGACGAGGUCGGCACGUUGCCCACAUUCUCGGCUACUACGCGGCUGACGCUCUCGGAUCGAUUCGGCAAAAUGGCGCAGUGGAGCAUCGAUCGCAGCAACAUGGAGAACAUGCGCAUCACCAAAGACUCCGCCGGUGGGGCCCUCAAAGUAAUGAUUGAGGAGGGCCUGGAGUCGCCGCCGCGUCGCUAUUCGUAUUCGCCGGCACCGGCCGGGCACUUUCCGGAGGAGUUAGCCACCACAGCACCGUCGGGAAUGCUGUCGUGGGACGAUGUGCGCGUCCGUUACGAGUACUACAAGAGUCGUGGUUACCUAAGAGACUUGGACCUGAAGGACUAUAUCAAGUGGGAGGAGUGGUGGUAUAAAUAUCAGGAAUGGUUGAAACAGGAACGCUACUAUGAGUACUGGGAUCGCAGUCAGCAAUUGCGAAGACGGCGCAAAAAGCUGCCGGUAACUCAGCGCUUGAAUUGAGUGCCCCUAUCAUUUGAAUCAUUUCAUUAAUUCUUUUAAUUCCCAACUUCCAAUUCAGCUCAUUUACUUGACCUACUAUUUCCUUCCUUCUCGUUGUAUCUUAAUCAUUUCCUCAUCCCAACUUCCCCCGUUUGUACAUUUAAAAUGUAUGAAACUGCACUUGUCAACUUAUAUUUUGAUAAUCAAUAUAAUUAAAAGCCAAGCACCCGGAGAUGUUUGGCUCUUGGCCUCUGACAUCCUGUUGUUGGUGUAGUGGGGCUUUCAUUAACACUGAACUUUGUAAGUUUUUUUUCGAGUGCAUGUUGUUCAGUACAACACACCCAUAUACUUGUAAACGCAUUAAACAACAGUCGGUACAU